AAUUCGAUUUCCGCUCCCGGAGUCGAUUCUUUCCUGCUCACGCAGCCAGAAAACCCCACGAAGUCCAUUUGCUUAGGGAGUAGGAAAAGGUGCGCCGUGUGGUUUUAAUUGACGGAGUCUUAUCCUGGCGGUGUGAGCGAUAUAUCUAUUGCAUGUCUGAGCUGUUGGCGGGUCUGCCUGGUGGCGCCCUGUGUCUCGAUGCUAACCGUCUCGUCGAUGGUGAUUGGCGGUGCCGAUACUGAUGACAUUUCUGCAGUGCUCCGUUGACGUUCAUCGAAGUGAUUUGUCUUUUCGGGCGCAGUAGUUAAUAGUAUAUCAGCAGCGCUCAGUGGAUCGCUUAGUCAGGAGAGGGUUACUAACAAGAGAAGUAGUGAAGCUGCAUUCAGACUCUGAAGGUUUUAACGUCGGGUGUCCCUUAAAAAAUACAGAUCGACGUCUCCUGAACAACACUUCGGAAGCAUUAGGGAAACCGAGUGGUGUUUGUUAACGGCACGGAAAAAAGUUGGGUUCGCUCGACCCAGUAACUUCUUUAGAGCCGCACACCCCUGGCAUAAACUAGCCGAAUUGUGUUAGGAUGAUCGGAGACAAUUCCCUCUCAUAUCCAGCUUCCUACUCCUCCUCAUCGGAAAUGUAUUCUCUCUUGGCCUCCACUCCUUACCCGGGGAGCAUCGAUGAGAGUAUCGACAAUGGAUCAUUCACCUCGCAUGGCGACUUGAAUGGGACGCUCAGUACGGAUGAAGAGGGAGGACCGCAAUCUAACUUAGUGUUUCAGAGAUACGUGAUUCCAAUCGUAUACACUCUGGUGUUCGUCACGGGCGUUGUUGGUAACGGGCUCGUCAUUAUAGUACUUCUAAAAUACCCAAACAUGCGGACCAUACCUAAUGUAUACAUCUUAAGCCUGGCUCUUGUGGACUUCAUGUUUGUCCUUUGCCUGCCGCUGCAGGCGUACCAAAUCUCCACCAACAACUGGCCUUUCGGUCAAAUCUUGUGCAAGUUUUCCGGCAUAGUAGACGGCUUGAACCAGUUUGCGUCUGUCAACAUACUGACAAUAAUGAGUGCAGACCGGUACCUAGCCGUGGUGUAUCCGCUGUCCUCCAUGCGAUAUCGCACCAAAAAGACAGCCCGUAUAGCAUGCGGGAUCGUGUUCCUAGUCUCGUUCGUCUUGAGCACCCCCACCUGGUACUUUAUGAAUGCCAAAGAUAACCCUUGGAUGGAGAAUUUCACCUUCUGUUCCGUCGAGUCUCCACCAUGGGACGACGGAUUUUUCUACAUCAUGUACAUGUUCUUAGUGGCGUUUCUCAUACCCUUGGUGAUCAUCAUCCUGUGUUACUCCACCCUGCUGAUCAAGAUUCUUGGGAGUAAACUUCGCAUCCGUUCCGACGGGACUGGCACCGCCCAGCGUGCUUCUAAGCGGGUCCUGAUUUUGACGUUGUCUGUCAUCUUGGUUUUCGUGGCAUGCUGGUUGCCGUUCAACGUCGUGUCGCUCGUGCAUUUUUUCAGCGAGAAAAUUAGCCACGCCCUAGCAGUGGCCUUCAAUAUAAGUUCCUUGUGGUGCUAUACCAACAGUUGUUUCAACCCGAUCAUCUACACCUUUAUUGGGGAGAACUUCAAAAAGAACUUGAUGGAUCUGUGCCCAUGUUGCACCUCACCCGAGGACAGCAAGCUGGACCGAUACAAAUCCAACCGGGAGAGUAGCACGUACAUCCGAGGGGGCACCCUCCGACUUCAUUCCGUACAGCAGGAUACCAUGACCAGCCCCACCACGGCCUGCAACGCCGCAACUGACGACACAUCGUUCGUAGACACACCACCGAACAUAUACGUCCAGACAUACACCUUUUCCAACAACAACUCGCACCCCGCCUGCAACAAAGAAUAGCUUGACGAUCACUUUAAUCCUGUAAACAAAAUGGACUGAUAGAACAGUGUGAGGUAGCCAGUUUCAUUCACGAUACUGAAUACCAAUACGGGCGAGUGAGUAUAACACACCAACAUUUUGACUUGCGCAGUAUAAAUGUUAUCCAGCUUCGGUCAGACCAGAGAGACUAUUCAACUUGAUGUCGUGACUAUUCAGCUCCUUUGUACAGAAAUUUCUAUGUAUCUUUAUGUCAAUUCAGUUGAUCCCAGCACCAAAGUAACUUGCUUAUUGUUUAUUUUCUUUUUGUUGUGCCAUUUGUUGUUCAUGUAUCAAAAUAGUUCAGAGCCCGUUGUGUACUUAGGCCUACAUUGUAUAUUAUGAUCUAUAGGUCUAUGCAUGGUAAAGAGGCGCAAAAACGCGAGAAAAGGUCUGACAUGCACACCCUGUAUGGUUUGUCUGUGUAAACUGUUACAUAUCCACAUAAUUUAUACACAUUGAUGUUAACAGCACAGUAUUCAUACUUGAUAGAUGGACGGAAAUGUCACAUUUCAAGUUUGCUGCAGUCCAGAACUCUUAUCCCACGACAGUGUAAUUCAUUGCGCGUGGCCGAGUUUCUUUGUGCACUCGGGUAACAAAUAUUUUGAAGCUGCAGCCCAGAAGUGUACAGUGGUGCUAGUUUGGAAGCGCCAAAAAUAACCAACGCACGAAUGAAUCAACCUGACUGUCUGGCUACUUGCGUCCAUGUAGCCUAAAAUAAUAUGACAGAAUUCCCCAUCUUGGGUGUUUUUAAAAUAAUGCUUAACCAUUGAUCAGCUUGAUCGGCCACGAGCGGUUUUGAUAACAAUCCGACCACAAUGACAUGUCGGCAUUUCGGGUCCAGGUCAUCUAUCCAGAAAACUUCAACUGGCAUUUCUGCUCCAGUUUGAAGAGAUAAAAGAUUGUUUUGUGUAUUUUCUUCAGCCAGCAUUACUGUCUAGUGUUAUGCAUGGCUUGAUUUAUAUACCAAAAUUCCAGUAUUUUGUCAUCGUAACGUCCUCAAUGUUAGGAUAAAUUAUGGUCUAUUGAAAACAAACAUCUCAUGGGAAAAUGGUUAGUGCUUUAGGUCAGAGAAUUGGCAAACGGAGUAACUGCCAUUUCUUUUCCAUUUACAGCGCCUGAUAUGUUUUUCUGAUCUACUCAUCGAAAUCUGAUUUGAAAUAUAUUUUGUUUAAUGCUACACCCUAAAAACAAAUGGUAAUGUUUCAACGUCUAUUGAACCCAUUUCUGGUGACACUGUAUAAACGUGUUGUGGUGGUAAUAGUCCAAAGCUAAACAUGUUUUCGUGUUGAUUUUUUAAAAAUAUACAUGGUUAUGUGUUGUUAAAUUUAGACACAAUGACGCAUUUGGGUGUAAAUAACAACAAAAACACAUGUUCGCUGGGUGAUAACUCUUUUUGAACACAGAAACGCGUUUAUUUCCGAAAAGUUGUUUAAAUUUGAAAUGGUUACAUGUUUACAUUUAAUACAAAUACGCAUUUAUAAUGGCCAUGUUUUACAAUAUAUAUAUCUGCAGUACUAAGGAUUUUUAAAAGUAUACAAGUCCUCUGAACUUUCGUUAUUUGAAUGCCAAACGACUACGGAUAAACUCAUUGAACGGUGUGAAACACAGGCCAAUCUUUACUUAAAUGUGCGCUCUGACUCACAGACUGUCCGUUUAGUGAAAACUUUCAAGAAAAACCCACAAUUGCCAAUUUUCUUGCCAGGGCAAAAUGUACACAUGAGCUAGAAAUUGCACACGAUCCGUUCAACGGGCCAUUUUAAAUAUCCUCAACUGGCCUAGAUCAACGGACAGAGUGUCUUCUUAUGUUUGGGGCUUAUCUAAACCUUGGGAGUAACAUUCUAUGUAUAUGUGCCCCCUCCCACACAGAGCGGUAAAAAGAGGAGCGUUGCAAGUUGGCUGUUUACUUUUGCAUGCCUGCACGUUUGUACGUGCAAUUGCAUUAGAUAUCUACUCUCUUAUCUCGGUCACUCGAAACCUAGUGAAUAAAAAAGGAAGAAGGUGAGAUUUAUUGCUGAAUUGUAUAGUCGAGGUGUAGCCCUGUGUAGCUGUCUGCGUAAAUGCAAGCGUUUAUACUGAGAUUUUUUUUUUCCACUUCCGCUCCUAUUACCCCCAUGUAAACGCAUUUCGCAAGAAAGUGUGCAAGGAUGUUGGUUAGACAGAAGGAGAAAAUUACCUUGAAUCAAAGUAAUUUUUCUCAGUUUAAAAGAACGCUGCAUCCACGUAAUAUAUUAUCCUUUACACAGUGGUGAGCUAUCGGUACCAAACGUAUUGGUCAAACUAGCGGUUUCUGUAAUGUUGCAUGGUUGCGCGGCAUGUAACGAGAAAAGCCGUCUGCUAAACACAGCCAAUUAGCCUGUACAAUUCGUGUCAUUCAUUAGUGUGUGUGCAUUUACUUCAACGUAUCACAUGCAAUGAAAUGAUUGCAAUGUUGGGUUGGGCUGAGCGUCUGGCCACUAUGUAAUUAAGACGUAUUUACAGUUAAACGCUGCCUGUUCUAGUUUACACAGCAAGCUUAUGUUGAUGGACGUCCCUAUAUAGUUACAGGAUUUCAUUUGCAUACGCAGGCACAUGUCUGAAUUUAAAUCAAAUCUCUCUUGAAUGCAUGUUGAGUGUGCCAGUGUAUUAUAACAUGCUAUAUUGGCUUGUACCUCAGAAACUAAGCAAGAGUAAUUUUAGUCCCAUGCUAAACUACCUGCAUAAUCAUCAUUUAUUUGGCGAUGACAAUGGAUGGACUGUAUAAUAUCUAAUAUGCGCACGGAGCAGGCUCCAUGCGUCUUAAAGCACCGCACUUAGGCCGUAAAGCAUAUUGGGGGCAACGCUGUUCCAUUAUAGAUAUGGGUUUUAUUAUAUCUUGGUCGAAAUUUGAGAGGGAGUCGCUCAAAUUACUAAUCCAGUGACACAUCCAGAGUGUCGAAUAUCCACCAAACUCGUUUACUAUGACACGGAGGCCCAAAAGACGAGGAGGACCCGAAGUUGCUUUUGAUUGAAAAAGCCAGUGAUUUUUUUGUUACUCCCUGCACUUAUUUAAGAACACUCAUUCUUCCAAUUAAUACAAAUAUGGAUUGCAGAGUCGUCUUGAAGACAAUGACCUUGUCUGACACUGCUUCACAAACUCUUCUCUGUUCACUUCCUGGAAGCAGUUUUGUUUCAUGCUUUUUAAGUAACAGGCACCGGCUGGCGUUACACACUUAAAGCUCGACCCCGAGUGGAAUUCCGUAUCUGGCCCUACUACCGGGGGAGGCAUUUAAUGGCACUGUAAUCCCCAACAGUGAUGUGCAAUCGCAGUCGGACCCUAAAAGAGUUACGGUGCGUACAAAUGGGGAGGCAGAUCUCUUUUCCGUCACUAUCUGGCACCUGAUGGAACUGUCUAGUGCUUGGAAAAGAUUAGGGGAAACGCACUUAUGGUCUCCCUAUACCUCCAUGUGAAAUCUUUCCCCCUCUUUUGCAUAAGGAGGUUUAUGUAUAUGUGCGAGACGAGUGCUGUUGAUUCCUACAGACCCAAGCAUCAGCUGUUUACCCAUUGUCAUAAAAGAUGCUGACAGAAAGGGACCAGAAAAAGGACCUAAAAGUAUUCUGAAACAAACUUACAUUUUAGAACAGAAUAUGUAAGACUGAACAUUAGGGCACAAAUUGUAUGAAAUUAUGAGGAAAGGAUAUUACUGAAUUAAUUUUGUGUCUUAAGAAGGCGAGGGUGGUCGAAAUCAUGACCUGAUAUUCGUUGUUUGGGGGAGGACCUUUUCAGGCCUCACUACCCCGGAGAAUAAGGAGAGCAUAAUUGCAAAAUGUCACCUUUGAGCCACCUCUCUCGUUGCUUGCUGUAUUUCCAGCACGGAAUCACUGUAUAGCGUGGCAGACUGGGGUGUUACGUUGGUGUGUGUUUACUUAAUAGGAGGCAACCGUGAUAUUGAAAAGCUGCGUGGAGUUGUCACCACUCGACUGGCAAUAGCUUUGCACGGUCAGGUGGCUUGCCUUUAAUUGAAAGUUAGUUGAUUGAUCAAACUGUUAAAAUAAUUAUUUGUAUUCACCUUAACUUAGUUAAAGUCGCGUUUUAUCUAUUUUUAGGCAAAAAUGAUAGUAUUAAUUUUGUUGUGCGCACAUAGGCCUAUCAGUUCACACGUCACAACAGAAAAAGAGAUUUACAUGAUCUACUUGCUAAACGAGUCCUUGGUUUCUAUCUGAGGUCAACGGAAUUAUGAUUAGGGAAUCCUUGCCUGUGUGCUUAUGCAGGUAAACGUGGGUUGGCAUCAUUUAGGUAACACAGUGCUGCAUCACUGUUUUUGGCCUGACCCAUGGCGACGAUUGUUCAGAUUGAACGUGCAGAGUAUGCCUUUAUAUUUCCCCAAUCGUACUGUUUUGAUUGCGUGCACAUUUCUGUAUUUGAAGUUUUAAUAUGGCAAUGUAGUGCGCGAAACCCCGUAUGAACAGCUCAUCUCACCAACUAAUUGGUCAGUGCUUUCUGAUAUAUUUCUUCAACCGCUUGCUUAAAUUGCUUGCUGCGUGGUCGGCCAAAGUACAAAUACGCAAGUAAGUGGUACAGAUACAUCCUUAAAAGUUAACCAAUACGGGCUCUAGGGAACAUUUAAAUCCUUUAAGAUGGGUUGUUCGGUGCCUGAACAGCUGUCAGCUGGUGAGAAGCCACGGUUCGAUUCAGACCUACGAAUCUAGAAAGCGCCAAACAGUAAAAUGUUAAGAAUUUUUUUUCUUUUGCACUUGCACUUGUAACAACCACUGUAAAUGUAUUGUUUUCUGCUGAGAGUGUAACUAAACACAGAGUACGCAGAAUCAUAAGUGUGGUAUUGACAGGUCCAGGAAACGCUGCGCACAUGGUGUUUGGAUGUAAGGGCUGUCGUAUUAAUUUUCUGUCAUCUCGACAACACUGGAACUAUCGGAGUGUGUAUAUUGUAACUAUUCCAGUAUCGUGAGGAUAUUGUCACGUUAUCCUGGAGUGAAAUUGGAUCCUACGAUGUCCAGUGAUUAGAAGAGGCGAUUUGAGAUGCUAACAGAACUCUUAUUUCCGCAUGUACCGUGCUGCCAAACCCGUAGAAGAUAAGUGUGUACCCCUUGGUAUCUGAUAUGGAAUCGUAUGUAUGGCACUGCAGUUUUCAGACAGUGGGGGAGCCCUUGAGCAAGAUAUGAAGACAUUCACCGUAUGAUGCAGUUUGUAACUUUUAUAAGACUGCACCUCGUUAGCUGCACUAUGGUCAAAACGUAGGCCUGGAUAUUUGUGUCCAUAAUUUGGUAGCUAUGUAGAAAUUACGCACCAAUAACGAAUCGUGUAUCAAGGGCAGCUUCUUACAAAAUGUCUGCAUUACUAAUCACUUUGUAAAUCUGAGGUCAACUUGCAAUUAGAAAUCAAGUGAAGUGAUUAUAAACUGGUAGAGACUUAAAAGAGACUUAGCUUAAAGAUUCCUUAGUAAAUUUUUGAAAUAACGAUGCACAGGAAAUCAUUACUUGUGGAAUAAGCACGUAUGAAAGGCACCAGUGUAUGUUUAAUAUUUUGUCUUGUCAGAAAUGAACAGUUAAAAAGGUGUAGAAAAUAGUUUUGCUCAAUUUAAAUAAAAUUUCCUUCCUUAAAACGUAUAUAAGGCUGUUAUUUCUGUGAAUGUGUUUCAGUAAUGUAUUAAGAGAUGGACUUCUGCGGUACGUAUAUAAUUGUACUUGUGUAUAUGUAUUUGCACCCUAUCCGACUAUCGCCGCUACUUGUAUGUGAGGCCUGUGCAGCAAAAUACAGCACAAUUAAUGCAAUAGAGUAGGCAAACUUAUAAGUGCGACCUCACUUAUAAGUUUGCCUACCCUAUUCAAUUAUACGAUAAUAUAUUAGCAUC